AUGCAUAUCCGGGAUAUGUUGGCCGAGACCGAGAAGACGGGUAAACCGUCUUUCUCGUUCGAGUACUUCCCUCCCAAGACGGCACAGGGUGUGCAGAACCUGUACGACCGUAUGGAGCGCAUGUACCACUUUGGCCCCAAGUUUAUUGACAUCACCUGGGGUGCUGGUGGCCGCAUUGCCGAGCUUACCUGCGAGAUGGUCACACAGGCGCAGACCUACUUUGGCCUCGAGACUUGCAUGCAUCUCACAUGCACCGAUAUGGGUGUUGAGAAGGUCAACGACGCUCUUUCCAAAGCAUACAAGGCUGGCUGCACCAAUAUUCUCGCCUUGCGUGGUGAUCCACCACGUGACAAGGAGAAGUGGGAGGCUGCCCAGGAUGGCUUUAACUACGCCAAAGACCUCGUAUCCCACAUUCGCAAGACGUACGGAGACCACUUCGAUAUCGGCGUUGCCGGCUACCCUGAGGGUUGUGACGAUAACAAGGACGAGGACCUGCUUCUCGACCACUUGAAGGAAAAGGUCGAUAUGGGUGCCUCUUUCAUUGUCACGCAGAUGUUUUAUGACGCCGACAACUUUGUGCGUUGGGUUGGCCGAGUACGCGAACGAGGCAUCACCGUCCCCAUCAUACCAGGUAUUAUGCCUAUUGCAACAUACGCCAGCUUCUUGCGUCGGGCGAACCACAUGCAGGCGAGAAUCCCCGAGGAGUGGUUGCAGCGCCUUGAGCCCAUCAAGACAGACGACGCUGCGGUGAGAAUUGUGGGUAGGCAGCUGGUUGUGGAGCUUUGCCGGAAGAUCUUGGCCGCCGGCAUUCACCACUUGCACUUCUAUACAAUGAACCUCGCUCAGUCGACGGCCUUGAUUCUGGAGGACCUUGACUGGCUGCCAUCGCCAAACAAGCCGCUCAAGCACGCCUUGCCCUGGAAGCAGUCUCUGGGUCUCGGACGACGGGAGGAGGACGUGCGUCCCAUCUUCUGGCGUAACCGCAACAAGUCGUACGUUAUGAGGACCCAGGACUGGGACGAGUUCCCCAACGGGCGCUGGGGUGACUCCAGAUCUCCGGCGUUCGGUGAGCUUGACGCCUACGGCAUUGGAUUGCUGGGAACAAACGAACAGAACAGGAAGAAGUUCGGCGAGCCGAAAUCGGUGAAAGAUAUAGCCACUUUGUUUGUGCGAUAUGUCCAAAAGGAAGUCGACACGCUUCCGUGGAGCGAGUCCCCACUUGACGCAGAGGCAGAACAAAUCAGAGACGACCUGAUCGAUCUUAACUUGCGUGGGCUGAUCACAAUUAACUCGCAACCCGCCGUUAACGGUGUCAGAUCAACCCACCCCAUCCACGGUUGGGGCCCACCAAACGGCUAUGUCUACCAAAAGGCUUACCUAGAGCUGCUUGUCCACCCGGCCAUUUUUGAGCAGCUCAAGGAGCGAAUCCACGACCACCCGGACCUGACAUACUAUGCCGUGACCAAAUCUGGAAAUCUGCAUACCAACGCAACUUAUGAAGGACCCAACGCUGUCACAUGGGGUGUUUUCCCGGGCAAAGAGAUUGUACAGCCCACUGUUGUCGAGAACAUCAGUUUCCUGGCCUGGAAGGAUGAGGCUUUCCAACUUGGAAUGGAAUGGGCCCGUUGUCAUGAUCAAAACACUCCCAGCCGCAUUCUGAUCCAGAGCAUGAUGCAAGAGUGGUAUCUUGUGAACAUUGUGAACAACGAUUUCCAUGCGCCACGGACCAUCUUCGACACGCUCAAGGGCCUCACUGUUCCCGAUAUCGACACCGAAAUCGUCCCGCCUGCGCUUCCCACUGCCGUCCCUGAGGCUGCUGCCAUCAACGGCGAGCGUAAUGGCGAGCGUAAUGGCGCGCAAGCCAACGGAGCUACCGCAGCUGUUACUGCGUCUUGA